UUUGAAAAAUUUUGAACACUGUCACUAUUACAAAAUCAGUAAGAAACUUUAUUGAAAUAAACAAAAAUUAGUCAUCUUCUGAAUAAAAAUAAAUUGAAAAUGAAGGGAAAUAUUUUUCCUUCAGGAUAAAAUGUCAGGAUCACCCUGUCAUCAUAGUUCUCCAACAACUGAAAAUAAUGGAAAGAAUUCAUCUGAUACUUCAACGUGUAAUGGUGGAGUACACGUUUGUCCGUUUCAACUAGUACCACCACCUAUAAACCAAUUUACGUAUUGCGCAUUGAAACGUAUUUGUCGUCAAAUUUUAAAGGAGAUCCUUCUUGAAGAACAAGAUGAGCAUUUUUUAGUUAAUGGUGAUUUGAAAAUACCACAAGAUGAAGAUAUAAAAAGGGAAAAUGAUGACAAAAGUUCUUCAGCAUGUUCUACUUCUUCUAUGAGUGCGAAAAAUAAUCACGAAAGAUGUUCGGAACCUAUAAACAUUGUUCUGAAAUCUAAUAAAUCAACACAAACAAUGAAAAUGGCUAAUGGAGUUGAAAACAACACUUUUAUAAAAAAUCGAAAAACCAAUAAAGAAGUGAAGAAAAAAUAUGUUCUUAAACCAGAAAGGAAUAAAAAUGGUCUCCCAAUAAUAUUCAAUUUACGUUCAAAAGUAAGAAAUGGAGAAACGUUCAAAAAUAAUAGCUAGAAUCAAUGUAAGUUUUUGAAUCUUUAAAACUACAUAUAUAUAUCAUAAAUAAAAUAUCACAAGAGAAAUGGUUGAGGCAAAUGAAAACGUAGGUUAUCCAAAAUGGAAGGUUUCAUAACUGUGGAUAUAUUAAAAAUUGUGUAAAUGUUUGGAAAUAAGUUUGAAUACUUUAUUGAAAGAAAGCAUUAAUAUUAACAUUUUAAAAAAGGCUUGUGCUGUUUACUAGACAAAUUUUUAUUUGAAAUGAAAUUUCCUUAUUCAAACAUGAAUAUCAACUAACAAUAUCUAAUGUAUCUGACUAAUUAUUUGGACAUGUAUGCCUUCGUACAAUUUUCUUGUUAAUAAAAUCUAUUUUCGCAAUUUUAAUUUUAA